CUCAACAAUAAAUAGAAAAUCUAUCAAACUCCCCUUACAUUAUACAACGAACACAACCGGGGGACGAAGAUUCUAUCACCCCUCUGUCUGCGUCUAAAAUCCUAGUGAGCGCCCUAGGAAGCGUGCACUGCACUGUCACGUUCCGAGUUAACAGAUGCCUAAAAUACUGUCUAGAUAGUCAGCUCACUAUGCUUCGUGACACAACCUCAGUGUGUGUUGCUCUGGGGAUUAUGGUUGGGUAUGGAUAACAUCCUCUCGACUAAACCGGGGAAAGUUGUUUCCUGAGCACUUGCUUUAGUUUGUAGUUUUGUUAAAGCCCAGCCCUGCUGUUGCGGCUCAGACAGGAAAGGGAAGACGGAUGCGGGCGAAGGAAAGAAUAUCAAAACGAAACGAUCAUACCGACACAAAUGACGUUAAACCAUGGAGGUGUCCGAGACGCCACCAUCGCGAACCGGAGACAACAACGCAAUAUAUGAAGAAGAUCUGCAGACCCAGCUAAUCGAGUGCAGAGCUCAGCUGGAACACUGGCAGGGUGUGGCAAGGAUCUGUGAGCUUGGCAAACAGGAGGAGUUGCAGGAACUGCAAAAACAAUGUGACCAGGAGAUUCAGUCAUUGCAGGAGGCUCUGAGAGAAACAGCUGCUCAAUAUGAAGCCCGACUAUCUGCUCUUCAGUCUGAGCGCGCUCAGUGGAGGAGAGCCUCUCGGCCUCAUGACAGCAAGGGAGGAAUUAAAAAGGGCAAAGUGGAGGGUACCUCUCCCCCCACUGGAGAACUGCAUGGUGGCUCUUCUCCACCACGGGGCACUGACCCUGAGAGCGCGGGGUCAGACUCCGAUCCACUGGAGCUGAUGCCAGAGGGUUCAGAUGCAGAGACAACAGGGUUUAUGAUGGACUACUUCCCCUCUCACUGUGACUCAGCCUCCCUCUCAUCCUUUUCUCUGGACACGCCGUCUUUGCCCAGGCAUCUGCCCCCUCAGGAUGACACCGCAUCUCUGGUUUCCACAGGAACGCUGGUGCCUGAAGCGAUCUACCUGCCACCAUCAGGGCACCGGCUGGUCUCUCAUGACGACUGGGACAAAAUGCAUGCACAGCUUGAAGAGCUUAAAGAGGAGUUGACAGAGCUCAGAAAGCAGAAAGCUGAAUUGGAGAAAGAACUGGAUGUGCAAAGCACAGAAACCCAAAAACAGUUGUCCGUGCUGCAGUCUCAAGUGCAAACAUCUGAGUCCCUCCUUCAAGACCUACAAAAAUCUUUUAGCCAAUCGCAAAAUGCCGUUCAGAGCAGAUUGGCGGAGCUGUCUUACUCUCAGAAGAGAGUUUGUAAUGAGCUCUCCAAGUUGAAAGGUGAAGAUGCUGAGGUUGAUGAAAGUGCAGAAGAUACCCUGCCACCCCUCAGUCCAUCACUAGAGGCAGCACACUGUGAGGAAAGGCUUCGUAUUGAGAUCGUGAACCUACAGGAACAGCUGGAGACGCGCACAGAGGAGAGCGAGAUUUUAGAAGUGAAGCUUGCAAGCCUGAAAGUAGAGACGGACCGCAUUCAGAGCCAUAAAGAAAAGUUUGAGGCUGAGCUAAAGGAGUGUCGCAUAGAGUUGGAGGGUCUGCGGGUGGCGCUGUCUCACCUCCAGAAAGAAAAUAAAACACUCAUCCAUGGGAAGGCGGUGUUACAACAACAGUGUUUAGAGCUGCGCAGUCAGGUGAUCAGUCUGCGCACUCAGCUAGACACGAGUCAGACUGUACAGAAAGAUUUUGUGCAGCUGUCUCAAUCACUGCAGGUGAAACUGGAGCAGAUUCGGCAAGCAGAGUCAUUGAACCAGGUCAAGCACAUUCUAGGCGAAGUGGUUGAAGAAGAUACUGAUUCAAAUAAAGAUGCCACAUGAAACAGUAGACGAGCAGGUGGCUUUUUGCAAACCAAAGGGAAGAGACUUUGGUGGGCAGAGAGGAUGUCCUCACAAAGGAUCAGGUUGAGGUGGGCUGCCCACAAAAGUGCUACAAUGAAACAAAGAUCUAAAUGGCCAGUGCUGCGCUCAUGGAUCAAAAAAGCUGAACCACAUGAGCUAAACUUAAUGUCAUGAUGAAUUGCUUAAAUAUUUGAUUAACUUGAGUACUGUAAAAUGUUAAUACACAGAGUGACUACUGUCUAUACUAGACGUAAUGAUACUGCAGUGUAAUUCUUAAACUCUAAUAGACCGUUGGCCUACACCCUUUCCUAAAGCACAUACUGAUGGCCUACACCCUUUCCUAAAGCACACUGACUAAUAUACUGUAUAUAUAUUUACUAUCAUCUGUCACCAGCAAAAUGAAGUAUAAGAUACUGUAAAAGUUUUUCCAUUCCAUUUGUGGCCAAAACCGUCAUUUUAUUAUGUAACUGGCAUCAUCACUAUUUUAUAUUAAUGAGAUGAUAAAACACUAAA